AUUCCUGAUGGGGCCUAGACUCCAGUUGCGAGUCUCACAAUCAAUAUUCGAUGCAGAGAAGUAUAAAAAAGAGACAAAACCGUUUGCUCAACGUCUCAUCAAUUUUACUUUCGCUUCACAAUCAACACUUGUCUACAUAUCUUCAUUGUUCAACCAUCAUUAUACAUAAUCGAUCUGUUUUUUCAAUGCAUUUUUUCAAUAUAAUUUCUGGGUUUCGUUGGUUACAGGGUGCUUGAUUGAUUUGUAGACAUGGGGAGACUGUUUUUUAUUACUCUUGAAGGAAGAAUUUAUAGCUGUAAGCACUGCCAUGUCCAUCUCGGUGUCGCUGAGGACAUCAUUUCUAAGUCUUUCCACUGCAGGCAUGGAAAAGCUUAUCUAUUUGAUAAGGUUGUGAACAUCACAGUUGGUGAGAAGGAAGAGCGAAUGAUGAUGACUGGAUUGCACACUGUUGUUGACAUUUGCUGUGUUGGCUGUGGCUCAAUUGUAGGGUGGAAAUAUGAAACUGCACAAGAGAAGGCUCAGAAAUACAAAGAAGGAAAAUACAUUCUUGAAAGAUUUAAGGUGUUAGGUCCUGAUGGAAGCAAUUAUUUGGGCAGUCCAGAAGGCCAAGUUGGUGGAAGUGAUGAAGAUGUUGUCUGAUUGGCCACUGUUUGUCACUAAUAAACUUAUUUAAGUGUAUAUUCUCUAUAUCCUAUAAUCUUGUUUAAACUUGCCAUUUUAGUUUACAAGCUUUGCAAAUCACUUUAGAACAGAGGCCAGGUUUCCAAUUUCAAUUCAUUUGGUAAUGAAAUCCUUGUAGAAGUUAGUUUGCAUCUGGCAUGGAAUAAUUUAUAUUGUUGAAAUUUCUACUCCCAAA